UUAUUCUCAUUACUUAUGAGUAAUAAUGUCAUUAGCGUAAUCAAUAUCCGGUUCCAUAUACACAGAUGCUGUUAUUUUUAUUUUCAGUACUAUUCAAUUUCAGCAACAUCCCAAAAAAAGGCGGGGAAGAACUGGGAAAGUAAGAUGAGCAAGAAGGGGGAAGAGCUCCACUCGGCGGCGAGGUCGGGCGACCUAAGCGCUGUUCAGUCAAUACUCGCUGCUGAUCCUUUGUCCAUCAAUUCUCGAGAUAAGCACUCCAGAACUCCACUUCAUCUGGCUGCAUGGUCUGGAAAAACCGAUGUUGUGAGUUAUCUUUGCAAGCAUGGGGGAGAUAUUGGUGCUAGUGCCAUGGAUGAUAUGGGCGCAAUACACUUUGCUGCCCAGAAGGGACAUCUUGAAGUUGUUCGGACCCUUCUUUCAUCUGGUGCUUCCAUCAAAGCUAUCACUCGGAAGGGCUUGUCUCCUCUACACUAUGCUGUCCAAGGGUCUCACCUAGAACUUGUCAAAUAUUUGGUAAAGAAAGGUGCAAAUCUCAGUUUGAAGACAAAAGCAGGGAAGACCCCUCUUGAUUUAGCAAGCAAUGAUGAAAUUCGCUCAUAUUUGGAGGAAUGUAAAACCUCAUCUUUUAAACCUGAUCAUAGAGAUGAACUGAAAGCUGAGGAAUCUAAUCAGCAGUCAUUUGAAAAGAAAGAAGAUAAUUCUUGUAGUGAAGCUGCUGAAUCUGCACAUGUUGAAAUAGAGGAUCAAGGUUUGAAGAGAAAGAGUGAUGAAGACGACUCUAAGGAAGCCACAGUAGAACCGAAAAAGAAAAAAGUUGUGCUUAGUCAUCUGUUAAGUGCUGAUGACACACAAGAUGAUGAAGAAAAUGAGUAGGGUGGAUGACCUUUUCCUAGCAUCUAUCGGGUAUAGGCAGGAUUUUGUCAUUGUUUAAUGUUUUUUCUGUUCUUACUGUUUAACUUGUUACAUUACAUUAAUAUCUCCUUAUCCUUUUUCUGACAUCCCUGGCAAUGCUUGUUCCAAUGAUUCUUGCAUCAUCAUGCAUGUUUCAUUCUUGCUGUUGCCAUUGUAUCUCUUGACUUAGAUGGGAUUAAUUUCAUUUCAUCAAAUGAUGUUAAGUCCCAAUCACUCAGAGCUAUAAUUUCUCCCCUAUACAACUUUGAAAUUUAUUGUUGUGAUUA